AUGUCCCGAAAUUCCGAAUUUCCUCCGCAAAAGUUACGAAACGAUCGCACUUUUGCGUCGGAGGGGGUCGUCGGUAGAAACCACGCUCCUCUGCAGAAAUUCGCUUCUGCAGAUGCGCCCUCCUCUGCAAACACGAUUUCUGCAGACACGCGUUCCUCUGCAGAUUUCCGCUUCUGCGCAAAGUACUUCUGCUGCAGCGCAGAGCUCCGCCCAGUCCUCUGCACAUUUCUGCUUCGGCGGAUUUCUACCCUCCCCUGCAGAAAGCGACGACCCUGUCUGCAGGGUCAGUGCACACUCAACAAGCGGGAAGUCCUACCGUCGCCUCCGGUGCCGAGCUGUGAUGGGGACGACGGAAACGAAGCACACGGCGACGACGCCGAGGAGGAUUGGCCGGAGAACGGCCACGACGACAGCGCUUCGGGCGACGAAUCAGGUCCUGCCGACAUCGAGGAGGACGAAUGGUGGAAUCGGCUGGUCGGGAGUGACGACAAGGUGGAAGAGUGGCGGGCUGGUGAUUCGGACAACGACGGAGGUGAAAAUGCUGAUGGUGACAACGCGAAGGAAGCGGAUCAUGCACAGGAAGCGGCGGUGGAUGCGAAUGAGGAGGCUGGCGACGAGGCGGAGGCAAAACCCAAGAUAGUUGCGCCGGCGGAGGUGGCCGCAAUUGCGGAUGCGGAUGCUGUGGCGGAGUCGGACAAGGUUGCUGCGGAUGCCAUCUUAUUUGACGGUGAAGGCGACGACGACGACCCGUGGAGCGUCAUGCCAGACGACGACGUUCCGCUACUGAAGCAGAGGCUGCGCCAUCGCCUACAGUCCAAGUCGAAGCAGGCCCGCGUGGUGCUCAGUGACGACGACAGUCCGGGAGAGGAACGUCGCCUGAUACUCACCGCUGCGGAGAAGGGAAAGGCCAAGGUCGCGGAAGCCCCUGCUAAGGCCCCUGCUCAUCGCCGCACAAGCAACAAGAAGCGGAAAUCCGAUGGAGACCCAGGAUCCAGCAAGGGUGCGGCUAAGAAGAAGGCGAAGAAGGCGCCGAGUCCUGACGACAUCGUCGUGAACGAGACGCUGGGCAGCGACGAUGAGUACGUGGCAGCGGCGGGCCCGAUUCCCACGUUCCCUGAGAAGGUCACGCCGAAGGACCCCACCCUUUAUAAUUCCAACACCUGCCCACCUUCCCCUCGCAGCAAAGACACUACGAAGAAGCGCCGCGGAUGGACCGUGCGUGAGAAGCUUAAGUGGGCGUGCCGCUAUCAGGAGCUCGGCUCCUUGAAGAAGACGAGCGUGGAGGCAACCGCGUCCAUCGCCUGCAUCAGACGCUGGAGUGCGGAGGCGGCUGCGGGAUUCUACAAGGGCGCGGCUAACUGCCGCAAGUGGAUGCACGUGGGGGGGCGCCACGCACACUACCCCGACAUGGAGGCAGCUUUGUACCGCUACAUCUGCCUUCAGCGCGCUAACGGGGUGGCCAUCUCGGUGAAGGACACCCAGAAGUGGAGCCGCGAGUGGAUGAAGAAGCAUUACCCCGGCAAGAACUGGAACGCGAGCUCUCACUGGAGCCAGCGUUUCCGUGACCGCUGGAACCUGGUGAUGCGGGUGAAGACCAAGGUCAGCCAACGUCUGUCGGCAGGUUCCCUGCGGAGGCCUCCGCACCCCGUGGUGCUGCAGUGGAUCGCGGAGGCUUGGGAACAAGUCCCCAAGCAGAUCAUCAUCGACGCGUUCCGCCACUGUGGUAUCUCAAGCAAGCUGGACGGGAUGAAGAACCACCUGGUGAUUUCUCACCUGCGCGCCAGGAGCACCACCGAUGUCUCCGAGGACAUGUCCCUCGGGGGGACCACAGGCGACAACACGCGCCUGCUCGGUCAGGCACCAGAGGAGGAGGAGGAGGAGGAGGAGGAGGAGGAGGAGGAGGAGGAGGAGGAGGAGGAGGAGGAGGAGGAGGAGGAGGAGGAGGCGAUGCAAGCGGAGGGCGUGCGAGAGGUGGCCGUGGCAACCGGCCUGGAGGUGCUGUACCUGGAGACCCCUAACUACCGCGGAGCGGCGGCCGAGGCUGACCGCAUGAUCGAGCCUAGGGAGACGGCUAGGCAUGCCUGGCGAGUGCCAGACCUGGGUGUAGAGCCUGUUGUUAGUGCAGGUGAGGAGGCGGUGACUGAGGGGGGUUAG